AUGUGCAAUGGAACGCGACUACAGAUCACCAACCUUAAAAAAUAUGUCAUCGAGGCGAAAAUCUUGCCUGGAUCGUUUACCUACAACAUUGUCCUCAUAUCCCGCAUUCCUCUCACAACAAACGACGACGUAUCGCGUCUGUCUCCCGCGGGCUUUAUUGACGGCUGCCAGUCUGUUUGGCAUGCUCCUGAUGAGGUUUCGACAAAACUCGACUGGAAGCUUGUACCAUUCAGCCGCGAUGCGUCUCCACAGCUUGUCGGCCUUAUCAAGUACUUUCCCAGCUGGAUCUUCAAAUACUUCCACAUGUGUUCGAUCGGGUUGAGAUCAGGAGACUGUGCUGGCCAGUUCAAAAGCGUUCCCUCCUCCUCUGUCAAGUCCACUGAUUUCAAGUACGCUUUGGUGACCUUGGCGGUAUGCUUCGGAUCAUUGUCAUGCUGA